AUGUCUGGUGCUUCUGGAGGUUAUAUUUUCUUCAACAUCUUUGGUCCCUCUUCCAGCUCUUCAUGGUCUCUCUUAAUCAUCUGUAAUCUCUCUGCUAUCGUUCUCAAUCCCCCAGUGAUAGACAACUUUUUUUUUUUCCGAUUCACACUCACAGGUCACUCCGCCCACGUCAUCUUGAUUGUAAGGGCAGCAAAUAAGAUCCGUGGAACGUCAUUAAAACUUGAAAUCCUGAGCAGAGAUAACAAAAUUUUGAAUGUAAGUUCAGUCCAUUCAGUGGGGAAAAGUGGUGCCCAUUUCUCAGCGUCUUUCUCCACUCCCACCGUCCCAUUUAAAUUGAAACUGCAAGGCAAGACCAAAAAGAACUUCAACUUUGAGCGCGACUCCCCAAACAUCGUUCACCCAGGUCACGCCCUGCUUAGGGUUCUCUUUGCCAGACGUGAAUUCACUGUACCCAUUGGCGGAAAAGGAUUGGUGAUAUUCUUUGUUUACAACACAGCUACAACCGAGUUUUUUAAGUUCCAAGUCAAAACCUCGACAGUUUUCGAUUCCUCGGUUUCACGGCCUCGAGUCCGUGUCUACCAAAACCGGACUGGCUUCUUCUACACCUGGUUUACUGCAAAGUCCGGUGUCAUAUCUGGAACCGGUGAUGACGUGGUGGUGUCCGCCACUGGGAUGACGUCUAAAGUGACUGUCAGCUCCAUUGUUAGCCUGAUGGUGUAUUAGCUGCAUCGGGUGCAUCAUGAGUCCCGCCUCAGAAGGAAACACAUCAGAUAUGGAAAAACGAUUAUGAACUUUUAUUUGCUAUGCUGGUUUUAA